CGGAGCGGGAGAGGCGAGGGGCCGGCGGAAGAGCGGAGCGGAGCGGCCGCCCCCCGCCUCCCCCCCGCCCCGGGGUGGUGCGGAGCAGAGCAGAGCGGAGCGCGGCGCCUGCCGCUGCCUGGAUGCCAGAGGCGCCUCGGGAGCCGGCGGCCGGCGGCACCCGGGAGGGCCCGGGGGAGAAGGAGGAGGAGGCGGAGGAGGAGGACGACGACGACUCCAGGCGCGGAGGGGAGGAAGCAGGCAGCGCUGGCCAUGGCCUCCAACUUUAACGAUAUAGUCAAGCAGGGCUACGUGAAAAUCCGCAGCAGGAAGCUGGGGAUUUUCAGGCGUUGUUGGUUGGUUUUCAAGAAGGCUUCUAGUAAAGGACCCAGAAGGCUAGAAAAAUUUCCAGAUGAGAAGGCAGCAUAUUUCAGGAACUUUCACAAGGUAACCGAGCUGCACAAUAUCAAAAACAUAACUAGACUGCCUCGAGAGACAAAGAAGCAUGCAGUGGCAAUUAUCUUUCAUGAUGAGACGUCAAAGACAUUUGCGUGUGAGUCAGAACUAGAGGCAGAGGAAUGGUGCAAACAUCUUUGCAUGGAGUGUCUAGGAACCAGGCUCAAUGAUAUAAGUCUUGGGGAACCAGAUUUGCUUGCUGCUGGAGUCCAGAGAGAACAAAAUGAACGAUUCAAUGUAUAUCUUAUGCCUACACCAAAUUUAGAUAUCUAUGGGGAAUGUACAAUGCAGAUCACACAUGAAAACAUCUAUCUCUGGGACAUCCACAAUGCCAAGGUCAAGCUGGUCAUGUGGCCUCUGAGCUCUUUGAGGAGAUACGGACGUGACUCAACAUGGUUCACAUUUGAGUCUGGAAGGAUGUGUGACACAGGAGAAGGGCUGUUCACCUUUCAGACACGAGAAGGAGAAAUGAUAUAUCAGAAAGUCCAUUCUGCAACACUGGCAAUAGCAGAGCAACAUGAAAGAUUAAUGAUGGAGAUGGAGCAGAAGGCAAGGCUCCAGACCAGUCUGUCUGAACCAAUGACAUUAUCCAAGUCGAUCUCACUUCCUCGUAGUGCAUAUUGGCAUCAUAUCACCCGGCAGAACAGCGUUGGAGAAAUCUACAGUUUACAAGGUCACAGCCUCGGCUCGGCGAAGGUGUCCCGGGCGCAGACGUUUCCCAGCUACCCCUCGGAGCAGGGCGAGGAGCACCCGCAGUCCCUCUCGCUGGCCAGCAGCUACGCCUUCAGCUACGGCUCGGGCCUGGUGCAAUGACAGCCGGGGGCGGCCGGCCAAGAGAGACAGUCGAGCCUGGAGCCUGCCGCCAGGGCCGGGGAGCCGCUGGCCCCCUCCGCACCCACCAUUUGCUGUGAAAACUGAUGCCAACCAGCUCCAGCCGCGUCGCCGCCAACGCGGAAACCUGGAGAGGCGGCUUCCCCGAAGCAGAGGCUAAGUCUUUAUUUAUUUAUUUUGCCGUUCCUUUUGUUGAUACGUUCAGAAAGGAAGGGGGGGUGGGGGGGCGGGGGGCGGGGGGCGCGUUCGUGUUGUGAGAAAGUGGUGGAAACAAACGAAGCUGUGUUGGUGUGAAGGUUUCUGCAUGACCGGAGAAGGCCCGCUCUGGGGCUCCAUCGCGAUGGUGCGUUCGACGUCGGGGCCUUCCUACCCGCCUCCACCAGCAGGCCAGCCCAUCUUCACCCGUAAUGUUUUUAUGUCCUUGCCGCAGCCCACUGAUUCCCGCUGGAGUUGCUGAAACGUCGCCGACUCGAGACGCAGCGUCGGCGCUGCGGGCAUCCCCUUCAGAUCCAAGCGAGUUCGCUCAUUACCCUAGAGGGUGCUCGGGUGCUUUUUGAGCCAGAUGCCAACAGAUACUGGAAUAGCAGGCUAAUACGGUUUGUUGGGAAUAGAGUUUGAUUGUGUUACGGUAAAGUUAUUGCCCGGUACGGCUCUAAUCUUAAAUUCCCGGGGCACAAAUUCAUCCCUUAAUAAUACACACGCAAUUCCCACGACGCCCCUGAGAGCUGUGAACGUCCAUAGCAGCAGCACAGUCUUGUCCUCAGAACUGCCGCGAAGUCUUCUUAUUUGCAAAUUAUUUAGGUAACCAUGCCUGCAAGCCUAACUUUAAAAAGCGGGAAAACUGUUCUUCAGACAAAUAAAAGCGGGGUGCAUCCGUGGCUGGCAACCGCCUGUGCCACGGCUGUGCCAGAUACGGUAGAGCUGAGCUCUGGUCUUGUCUUUCUGGUCAGCGUUACUUUGAUUUUCUCUGUUUUCUUCUCAGAUUUCUGUUUUAGAUGCAUAUUGUAUCUUGUAUGAUCAUGUGUCAAGCAUCGGUUUGCUUUGAAAAGGAGGAAGAGUACCUCUCAAUGGAAAUUUUCUGUCUUUGGAAGACGUCUUUAAAAAAUGAACUGUAGUAGGUGUGUUUGUAAUCGGUAACGAGGGAAUAAGUUGGAAGGCAUACCUGUAGGUGGGGAACAAGUUUUAGCUAUCCUGAACAUUUAGAUUUUUGUAAGUGGUAUUCAAAUAGUUAUGUACUUCUCGCGAUGCCCUGAAAUGUUUGGAAUUGUGGGGAGAAAAAUGUGCCCUCUUGCUAUGAUCUGAGCAGCCUUGUGUUCUGUUCCCAGUGUGAAACAAUUGCCAUGGUUACCAGAGGGAUUCGUCUCAUUAGUUGUUUCUCAGGACAGGUUGAGGAAGCGUAUCAAGGAGGAGAUACAUAGACUCUUUUCCAAUGAAACAAUCAGUUUUAUGUACCAUAAUUUAACUGAAAAAGUGCUGUUGGGUUGUUUUAUAUAUGCACAUAUAUAUAUAUAUGUAUUAAAAAGUACAGAAGAAACUUCUGCUUUUGAUUAAACAUUUACUGAUACAGUAUGUCCGGCUUUUCUCCAACCAUUUUCCAGGCUAAGAGACCUUGCAGACUUACAGCUUUCUACACCUCAGUGAACAGCUGCUGAAUAAAAAAGCUUUGUGAUCCGCUUGAAUGGAACACUUCUACCCCACCACAAUCAGCUUUAUUUAUUUUUCCUCUUUUUCCCUGUCUCAUUCACUACCUCUUUUCCUUCUCACAGUGCUGCCAUACUCAGGAAUAGAACGGCUCCCUACAGAGAGUAUUUUGAUGAGCUAAAAGGAAAAACUGCUCUCCCACACUGUCAGGGAGCUGUACCUAUGGUGCUCUCUGAGCUGUACCCAUCAAGGAAGCUCCAUUCACACUUUCAUUUAAGAAAAAAUUUGGUUGACAUUUUGUUUUGGGAAAUUUCCAGUUUGCAAAUGUUACAUGCAAAAUGUGAUACAAAAGGAUAGAUACUCUGCUGGUGUAAUUCAGUGCAGCUUUGCCAAAUAUAUGCCUUUUGAGGAACUGGCCAGUUAUUUUUAUUCCUAUGCAACUGCAAUUCUUUCAGUUGCCCUAAAAUUAUGUAUUAUUUUCUUUAAAAUUCCUUAAAGUUUCCACUGUGUUCUGCAGACUUCUAUGCUGUGUCCAUGUAACUGUUUUCCUCUGGGACUUGAAUACUAGUCAUUUAAUAUUUGCAUAUUCUACAUAGUCCAAAAGUGGGGAAAAGGCAAAACAGGAGAGUAUCAGAAUUGCUUUAUAGUUCCAGUGUCCAUACACAUAUAAGAACCUGUCUAAAUCCUAAAGCUAGUGCUUUAGCUGUGUUUAGAUAAAAAGCAUAAGAUCUAUAUAGUGCGCACUUUCCAUUUCCUGGGGAACAGUUGCUGUCUGUCACAGAUGGUUUUGUCUUCCUGUGCAGUGCAUGAAUAUUGUCUAGUUAAUGAAAAUGUAGAUGCUAUUUCCAAAGAAAACACAUAAAAAAAGGGGGGGAUAGGGGAUUGGCCAUGUAUAGGAGUUUUACUAAAUAAUUUGCUUUCAUUACAUAAUGCAACUACCCACUCAAUUCAUAUGUUUAUAAACAUCUGCGAAGUCCCAUCUCAUAGCAAUAGACAGAAAACUGAACUCCAGGACAAAGCUGGAGAACGCAACCAACAAAACGCAAACCUGACCUAUUGGGAACCUAUUUCUUGUCGAGAGUAAACACAACCACACUUGAAGUUGAAAAAAAGGAUGCAACUUCACCGUGUACUGUAACACAAUCUAGGAAAACUGGGCACCUGAAGCACAAAGGUAUUCAGCAGCCAGUGGAUGUUGCCUUUAGUGCCACUCCAGAACAGCAGAUGAUAUCACUGUAACAUUUGUGUACUUGCAUAGCUUCCAGAAAUGUUCCUCAGAAAAGCUCCAUGAGAAGCAGGCAGGCACUGCACCAACAGUUUGCCAGAAAAUUCUGUUUUCAUGGAAUUGCUUUAAUUCCUGGCAUAUGCCUGUCGAUAAUCUAAGUGAUUCCCCACUGAGACUACUUUGUACAGCUCCUAGUGCUUCCGCCAGAAGGAAAACUCUCUUUCGGCACACGUGGUAGAGCUGCCUGCCUAGAGACUACAAGGGCCUUUAAAUAGGCCCAGGGACCCCAUGGGACCCUGUUCAAGUCUCGGCUUUCUUCAUGUGCAAGGCACACAGAUAAUACGUCUACUCCUGACCCAAGAGGAGCUCUCUGUUUUCAGCUAAUGAGCUGUGAAGAGUUGGAGGGCAACAAAAAUGUCUUCAGUGGUAACUAGGUGUGACUGAUACAGAUGGAACUUAGCAUUAGUACAUUAUAAAAUAGAAGAAAUAAUACAAGGCUAUAGCUUUCAUUUUGGUUCUGAGGAUGUGUUACGAAUAUAUAACUGUAACCAUGAUUUAAAUUCUUAAAAAAUGACCCUUGAUAACAAUAUAUUCACCCCUACGAACAAAUAACACACAGCAUUAUUAAAUAUAGUUACUAAUAUAUCUUAACUGUGAAUCUUAUAGUUUGAUGCAUGCUGGUACUUUUGAUUUUGAAGUCACUUGGUGCAGAAGAGGAGAAAUUGAAGGAGACUGGUAAUAAAUCAUCAAAUGGUACAAAGGUACUUGAGUAGCCCCAUUUUUUAAACAGCUACAUGUUAUUAUUGACAGUUUAAAUCAACUGUGAGUAUAUUCCUUUGAAACAAUUUUGCCUGCCUAUGUAAAGGAAGAAGAAAGGAUAUCUUGUAACUUGGAGUUUGCUGUUUUACUGAGUGAAUGUUUAUGCUUUACUUUUUGUGGUAGGCUCUGAUUCCAGCUCCUCACAUGUACCAGGUCCAUGCAAAAUUCUGCUCCUGGGGCUUUUUGUUGUUUUAUUUUUUCCCCUAAAGCUAGCAAGUAAAGCUUGGAAAUGUAUUGACAAACCAAAGAAGUUUGUUAGACAGCAACAAUAGCUGCACUCUUUUGUUUUGACAAAAGUCUACCAUGACAUUUUGGGAAAACACUUCAUUUCACAACACAUGAAUAGAAACCCUGUUGGGAAGCAGCAAACACAUUUCUAAUCAAGUCUUGUUCUAAGCUAGUAAGACUUUGCUGGAGGAGGGGUUGAAAUUGAAUAUCUGAUGUCAAAAGUAUUGUAAAGUGGUCUCUAUAGCAAUAAUUUAAAUACAACAUACAGCCUUCAGGCACCCAUUUAUUUAGGAGCUGCUAAGUGCAGGCAGUCUGUGAAGACCCUUACCUGUUCAUGGCAAAGAGAAAAAAAGAGCAUUAAUCAGAUCUCUCUACUGCAUUUAUCAGAAAAGGCAUGAACCUCAUGCUUGUUGAGCUCUCCAGUCUAAUAGGCAAUACUAUGAGGAGCUGUGAUUUUUGAGAUAUUUGAUCUCUAGGAACUGACAAAGACCAUCAGCCUGUAGCAUAUAAACCUCUACUCGGACUUAGCUCACCAGCCACAUUUACUAGUUUUAAUCUGGUAACCUAGAAACUGCAGGGUAGUUUUUCAUGAGAAAAUAGAAGUCUCUUGAAUGGCUGUGCUUUUAGCAUGAAAUACAGAAUUAUUUACAACUGUUUCUUCCUAAAAAGGAAGGAGGGAGGUGUUCCAGUUAAUCUCUUUUUUAGUGUUUAAUAUCAGUGUAUUUUAGCUCCUUUUUAUACCUGCUGCAAAGGAAUAAAUGUGGCUUUUAUCCACAUGCAGAAUAGAGUGGACUGUGGAGAAAGUGUGAAAAGCUGCUGUUUGAUUACAAGAACAGAUCCAACAGCACUGGAAAGUUUCAUUUUUCUGUACAUCAUCCAAAUACUUGUGACUCUUUCCAAACCAACUUGUUACACAACCUGUAUAUAUUAGAAUGUUAUAUUUUCCACCACAGACAACUGGUCGGGGUGCCUGCCUAUGUUUUCUAAGUAGAAGAUAAUGACUGUGCAACACCAUUGUAGUGGCAUAACUUUAAAAUCAAAGGGUAUAAGGUUGGAUAUAUUAAUUCUGCAUAUAUAAAGUCUUGCGCUCCAUAAAGCAUGCUUUGUUUGUUCUUGAUGUUACAAAUAAAUGCUCUUCACUUUUGAUUUUAGAUAAAAAGGUGUGUUAUAUUGGAAACAAGUACAGGCAUGUGGUGGAAUGAAAGAAAUGUCAAAGAAUAUUGACUAACCUGUUGUAGCAAGAAGUUUGGCUCCCUGUCCAGGCCCUUACGAGACAGUAAAUGUGAUAGGUGAAGGUGCUGUGUAUUCAAUUAUUUAAAUGGCAUUAUGCAUAGAAACCUAAGUAUUAGAAACCACAGGUGAACUGGUUCUGUUGAAGAAAAUGGAAGUGUCACUUUGCAAAGACGCUUUUCACAUCUUUGCAUGCAUAGGCAGCUUGACAGAUUUUUAUGGAUAUGGCUAAAACAGAUAUGAAAGUAACGGAGGUUGAAGUAUGAUUAAAUAUAAUUAAAGCAUUUUAAAAUGUCCAUAUUAUUAUGAAUAUUGCAAGUUGUAAUGGAGAAAAGAUUUCCUUUUUAACUAAAUGCAAGCUCAGAAUCUAAUAGGCUCUCUAAGAUGAAGAAGUUAAUCUUUUUAAAUCUCACACUGGAAGUCCUGAAGAAUGAAUUUCAUUGUGGGGUUUUUUCCUUCAGUACAGAAAUCCUCAUGAGGUUAAACAGAUUUACCACGUUCUCUUACAGUCCUGGGAUUGUCAAGUGAAUGGAUACAUUUUACAGUAGAUUUUUUCCUGUGACAAUAUUUGACAUGAAUGAAGUUAACCCUCAUUUUCAAUAUAGGCUACACAUUGUUUUCAAUCUUUUUUUAAAAUUACAUGAUAGCAAGACUGCAGUGGGCAUAGAAAAUAGCACAAAAUUAAGCAGCAGUCUUGGCAAUUCCCUCCCAGUAACAAAAAUAAAGGUUGCAGGUUGCAGUUAAACAUUUAUUCUCAUCGCUGCUCCUAUAGCUAAAAAAGAAUAAAUUAUGUAAAAUAAAGCUAUCUUUAUUGAUGUUAA